GAAAUACUCUCCCGCCCCGCCCGGUUGCUCACACGCCCCGCCUCUCUCGCUCGGCUUCCCCGCAGCGGUCCGGACUUGGAGCUCGUUUCUAGUAGAGAUGGCGGCCACGGCAAACAGGUCUUUGCUCCUUCUGUCCCAGAGCGGUAGAGCGCUUUCAUCCGGCUUCCCCGUGUUGGGCGUCAUUAGGCACAGGCACCACCAGCACCACAGAACGGCCAAUCCCACUGUCUCCUUCGCCCAUCACCCAGUCAGACGACUCCAUGGCCUGCGUUCAGAAGGCAGAUGUGCACUCAUCACGAGCCCCAGCUCCCCCCUGCAGGUGUGGCAGAGCCAGAGGCUGCUGAGUUCUACUGCGCUGCCCCCCGAAGAAGUGAGCGUGGUGUAUCAGAACGGCCUGCCUGUGAUCUCGGUCAGCCUGCCCUCUCGACGGGAGCGAUGCCAGUUCACCCUCAAGCCCAUCUCCGACUCCGUGGGCGUCUUCCUUCAGCAGCUUCAGGCCGAGGACCGGGGCAUCGACCGGGUCGCCAUCUACUCUGCAGAUGGGACUCGAGUGGCCUCCUCCACAGGCAUCGAUAUUCUCCUCUUGGACGACUUCAAGCUGGUCAUCAACGACACCACGCACCACGUGAGGCCGCCCAAGAGAGAUCUCCUGACUCACGAGGAUGCAGAGACCCUUGGUGAUGUCAAGAUGUUGGUCCAGCAGCUCUACACCACGCUGCGGAUCGAGGAGCAUCAGCUACACAAAGAGCGGCAGCUGAUAGGCAGGCUGGAGAACCUCAACUCCCAGAUCCUCCCCUUCGAGAAGUUGAAGGAAGAGCUGAGUCAGAAAGCAGAGAAGAGGGCCACCUGGGUGAUGUGGGGCGGCAUGGCCUACAUGGCGACCCAGUUUGGGAUCCUGGCCCGGCUCACCUGGUGGGAGUACUCCUGGGACAUCAUGGAGCCCGUCACCUACUUCAUCACCUAUGGCAGCUCCAUGGCUAUGUACGCCUACUUCGUCCUCACACGGCAGGAGUACAUCUACCCAGAUGCCAGGGACCGACAGUAUCUGCUCUUUUUCCACAAAGGAGCGAAAAAGAACCGAUUCGACAUAGAGAAAUACAAUCAGCUCAAGGAUGCAAUUGCAGAGGCUGAACUGGAUCUGAAACGACUGAGGGACCCUCUUCAGCUCCAGCUACCCGUCCAGCAAAUCAGUGGCAACAAGGAUUGAUGGUCCGAACAAUAUCCCCUCCCCCCUCCCCCCUCUCGUCUCCCUUGCCCCCUCCGUGAAACACCUUCAGUAACCUGAAUCAUCCCCCCCCCCCAACCCCCUAGGCAUCUCUCUCUCUCUCUCUCUCUCUCUCUCUCUCUCUCUCUCCCUCCCUCUCUCUCUCUCUCUCUCUCUCUCUCUCUCUCUCUCUCUCUCUCUCUCUCUCUCUCUCUCUCUCAAACACAAACAGACAUGGCUGGAGAGUUGUGGUUCUUACCUUCCUACUUGGGGAGGGAAUCAUUUUUGAACAAAGUAUAAUAAAACGGGAGAAGGGAAGAAAAAUAUACAGCUCAACAAAGGAAAAAACAAACAAACAAAAAAAGGUCAAACGAACACAACCGGACUUUAGCAACAGUGACGACGGCCUGAGCAUCGGAUCCAGUCAGGAGAAUGUUAGACCGAUGGAAGUGAUCUGGAGUAUGAUGGGAGCCUCUUUCUAGGAAGGUUUCAUGAAUACCUGUUGAAAUCUCUGCCAUUCAUUGGGAAUCCCAGUCUUGUCGCCCCCGCGAUAAAUGAACGUCACGAAGGUGCCCAUUCACAGCACAGCCUGCUGCUGAGUGACCCAUGUCGUUACUGGAUGUGGCACAUUAGUGACAUGAGGGAAUUCCCAAAGCACUUCUCACACGAGCGAUAACUGAAGUAGAUUAUUGUAUAAAACUGUAAACAAUGAUCUUUGGUGUAUGUGUAUAUAUUAGGAACGAAACAUUUUAAAAACUGCAAACCUUCCUUUUAUAGCACAAGAGGGUACAGUUAUGUGCUAGGUUGGCAUAUUCCUAAACAUCAAUAGCAAAGUGUCCCCACAACCCUUGAGUGCAUGGACAGGAACACAUGCAAGUAUACCAUGGCUGAUAAGUGUACAGUAUAUGAUGAAUGUAAAUGUACAGGUUGUAUUGCAAUGAAACAUGGUAAACUUUGCAUAAUGGCCCAAUAAUGACUCAAGAACCUAAAGAUGAUGUUUUGUUUUUUCUUUUUUUCAAUUGUGUAUUUCAUACGAUGCCCCAAUGAAUCGAAUGUAAUUAUCAAGGGCUGGUUGCACAAAACACCUUGAGUAUUGAGUUUGAGUAGAACACUAAAGCAUUUUCCUCUAACUCGGGUAUUGACUUGAAUGUGUUAAGCUGCUUUCUGUAGCACCCUUAAAUCAAGGAAAACUAGAGGGGAAAACUAAUGGGAAAUUUAACUUGAGGCGUUUCAUGCAACUGGCCACUGGGCAAUCAUAUUCAGUGGCAAAACACUGUAGUAGUCCUGUACAUUCACAGCACUGAGUAUUUUAACAAUUAUAAAACUACAGGUGCCACAGUGCUCCAGUGCAGCCUGUAACUUUUAAUGGAGGCCUUGGUUUCAGGGCAAUUCUGUCUCUUACAUAUUUAUUUUUAAGCGAGGAUGCCCUUCUUAUAAAAUGAAUUGUGCUUUCACAGGCAGUAAAUGGAAACAAUACUGAAGCAUGUGUUCAUUUAAAAGAGUAGAGGGUUACAGCUUGACAAAUACAUCUUAAAUGCAAUGGCCCCUUUUCAUUGUAAUUGGGGCGUUUCUUAAUUUCAGAUGCACUGAUCAAAAUCAAGUGCAAUUACCACUGAGAUGGAGAAAAUCAGAUCCCAGGUUCCCAAAGGCAGGUUCACACAUCGAUCAUGCGCCGUCGUAAAGUCGACUCGUUCGAAGGGUGAUUUCGAGUCAACUCGUUCGACUGUGUCGAUCCAAGGGAGACUGGUUGCCAGAGUUGCAUUUUUCUGAGCUGGACAUGUCACGUGACCAUCUCCCAGUGGCUGCAGGAUUGAAGUAUGAACCAGCCUUCACAAUGAAUUUGUUGAGCAGACAAGGUAGGUUAUGCAUUAGUGUAGUGACUACCUAAUGCAAGCAGCCACAUGUUCACAAAGUUAUGUGUGGUGUGUUUUUUUAUUAUUAUAAUUUAAACAUUGCAACAGCGCACAACAGCACUGACUUUAACCACUGAAUAUUUUGUUGCUUGUGGUAGCUGGAUUUCCAGGGAUAGAGAACAUAGUGAUCAUUUGUUUUAUAUAUAUAUAUGUAUGUGUACCUUGAUGUGUACUGGAAUUCACAGAUGCCAAAGAGUAGGUUCAAUAGCCUUGUUUUUUGGUACAAAUUUUUCUGUACUGUGUUUGUACCAUCACUCCUUAUCAGCUUUCUUUUAAGAUUGGCUUGGUGAAUGUGUGCGCAGGGGGGAAAAGCCCCCCUUCUCUCUGGAUCAGUUGCGAAGGUUCCACAUGCCACAUAAAUAAUUACCUUGAUACCCUUGGAACCCUGUUGAACUGGUCAGUGUUGCCGUGGGGGCUUUUUCCCCUCCCAAUUUCCACGAAGCUAGCUAAAAUGCAAGCCACUUCGAAUGCCUUAUCUUUUGAUGUUUGUAAUUAUCAUCAUUCAAUAUUUGUGUUGUUUGUUUUGUUUUUCUUCUCUAGUUGGCUUUUAGCUAAACUACUCUGUUGAAUAGUAAGUGCUCAGGUGCAGUCUUGCUUUCCUCAUUCCAGAAUAUCAGGUGACACUGUGACUUUUCAGAUCUUGUUUGCUCUAUCGUGUAUUGGAGUGUGGUGAAUUGGCUGAAGGGCAGCACAAGUAUAUUUAAACUAAUAACUCCUGUACUCUUGCAAGAGACAAAAUGAAAUGGCAAAUUGCAGAAGUCUGCAGUGGCACAAUCAUGACAAAAAAGCCGUAUUUGUGGGCUGCUUCCUAGAGGAAUCGUCAAAUUGUUAAUUGCUGGUGGGGCAACACUUUACAGCAAGUGGCUAGUUGAAAGAAUUUGGGUUGGAAUGAGGGAACAGAUUUAUAUAUGCAUCUACUUUUGAAGUGUGUUAUAAAUUGAUUAUUGGGAUGUAACUAAAUUAGGAUUUAAUUGUAUUUUGGGUUUAUAAUCAGGGGUGAUUUUGUCAGAGGAAUUGUAUCUCCAACUCCAUGUAAAUAGCAAGCACCUUUCACGUACUGAUUUUAAAAACAAAAACAUUUCAAUCUGACCCAAAUGUAUCGGAAUAGGCAGGGAGGGCAUACAGUAUACUUUGUGGGUUUUAUUUUAAUCGUAUUUUGUUUUAAAUUGAAUUCUGGUUGUGUAUAACCCUACAAUGAAUCAUCAUUGUUAUUAAUUUUCUAUCCAAGGACGAUGAGUGGGUGGAAAAAAGAAGGUUAUGGGAUAGCCAUGCCAAAGCCAGCGUGAACCUGGGGUUGUGUGUGUGUGUUUUUUUUACAGCAUGCAGAAUGCAGGAAUGUAACCAAUAACUGUCUUGUAUAAUUGCCCUGUGCCUUUCCAAAGGGUACUAUAGUUUGAGAGACCAUUUUGUCUUGAGCAUUUGACGGUGGUGGCCGUGCCUGAACUCCUAGUUCUGACCAUAUAUUGAAGACUGCUGCUCGGUAUCAGAAUCUCAGACGUGUUUGCAGCGUGAGCUCCCUGGUCUGUUGGCUGCUUCUUUCUCUCUGAGAUCAAGCAGCUAACUUUGCUGAAGUUUCCAAGCCUCUUUUGGUUUGCUGCUGGAGGUGCCAAAGUCCUCUGUCUAAAAUGAGAGCUAUGUUUUUUGAGCCAGCGGCAGUACUGACCGCUCCCAAGUUUCUCUAGAGUCUGGAUGAAAUAUUAUUCUCUGUACAGCUGAUGCUGUCGAGAAUGUUCCUGGAGAAGUUAGCUCUGGACUAACCUGUGGCACCUGCCUCCUCUAUCCAUGGAGAGUUAUGAAAGUAAGCAGCUGGACUGACUGUGCAUCAGAUUGCUGCUGUUGGAGCUUAUCCUGUUCCCUCUCUUUUAAAUAAGAGCUGUGGGACUAACUGCUCCAGGUUUUGAUACAGCUUUUGCUGCUGGCUGUGCCUGUCUUGGCUAUCCAGCACAAGGGCUGUGGGAGCGCAGUGCCAGCUCUGCUGUGAAGGGUAUCUAGGGCUCUUCAGUAUAUUCAGCAUCAUCCUUGACAGGGAAUUGAACCAGCCCAACAGCUUGGUUGGCACAGUACUUGGGAUUCAAUAUUUGAAUCAAAACAGAUGUAGUUUUUACUUAAAAAUACCUAAAAUAGUUGGAACAAAUGAUAACUUGCUGGAUUAAAGUAAAUAAAUAAAGACAUUAAUAAAAUGAAUCAAAAUCAACUAAUUUUCCAAAUCAAACCCUGUAUCUAGAAAUGCCUUGAGCAGCGUGAAUGGUUGCCUGCAGUUUCCUCCGCAUCAGAGCUGAGCCGAGUUUGCUACACCUGCCACUUUUCACUCUGGUAAUGGGACAGGGUGGGGGUCUUCCAAAAGAAAUGCCAGGAUGUCAUUAUGUCAUCAAGAACAUAAACAAGAGCACCACCCGGUGGAGGGAAAUGGUAAUUGUGGCUCGUGUUUGAUAUGGGCAAAGUGCAAAUCAAUACAUUUCUUUUUGUAUAAAUAGACUAAAUGCAUAUUUAAAAAGUUGUCAUCUACACCCUACCCCCGACAGAGUCUGUAUAUAGGGAGGAAGUUCUUUUGAUGCUUUGUUUCCUGAAGAUUCGCCAGGUGCCUUGAAGACAUCAUACCACAGACAGGAGCAAAAGACAAGUGACCCUCUCUACUGAUGGCAUGUUAGGCAAAGAAAAAAAGAAAGGAUGCACGUUUCUUUGUUAAUUUUGUUACAUUUUUUUAAAUUCUUUUGUUCUUUUUUUUUAAGGAAUAUAAACACGUGCAUUGUUUUAGAAUGUUUUAUCCCAUUUGUGUCCAAAAAUAAAAUGUUUUAAAAUAAAAUUUAAAAAAUGAAAUUUAAAGAAUAGACAAUGGAUUUUUUCUGUAUUUCUUAAUUAUUAUUUUCUUUGGCACUGGAUGCAGUAAACAUCCUAAAAGAGAUAAACAGAAAAAUGUAAAAUCCUGUAUCAUUUAUGAAAUAUGUAUAAAAGAGAAAUGUAAUUCAGUUAUCAAUAAUAAAUGCUUAUCCAUUUUUUGCA